AUGGUGCGCCCUCGGACAAAAAUUUAUGCUAUCAAUAUCGUGAGCCAUUGGGAGGUGGGAUAUAACUUGUUCCGAGACCGUGAUCAGUUUUCUGCGCAGUUCGUUGAAGCUGGUAUCGUAUCCGAGUCCAAAGUACUGGCGCCAUUGAGAGGUCAAGUAGAUAUUAUCGCAGUAACACAGGUAAUUCAUCAAUGGGAUUGGGAAGGACAAGUCAAAGCAGCCAAACAGUUGAUUAGAUUUACCAAAGGGCCUGGCUCCAUGAUUGUAGGAAAUCAGAUUGGAAACCCCAAAGCACAAGAAGUAACUUUGAAGUCACUCGUCGUUCCUAUGUGGCGACACAAUCCGGAAUCUUUUGCAAAAUUAUGGGAUCAGGUUGGACAGGAAACGGGGACAAGGUGGGAAACGCAGGCAUGGAUGAGAUCCUUUGACGAGAUGGCAUUUGGUGUUGAAGAUGGUGCUUGGAUGGAGGAUGGAGUGGCAAUUAUUGAGUUUGCUGUGAAGAGGAUCGAGUAG